GCCCACAGCGUGUCGUCCCGUCACCAUGAGCUCACAGGUGACAACAACCGAUACGAAUAGAGCCUCUGAGCUCCUCAUACCCACCAUCCUGACCACGAUCGUUGCUUUCAUCAUAACCGCGCUACGGAUCUAUGUACGCAUGCAAAAGAUCAAGUUGCUGGGCUGGGAUGACUUCUUCAAUGUGCUAGCCAUGGUUACCACAUGCGUAGUGAUGGGUUUGGUCAUUGGGGGCACAUCCAACGGAAUAGGGAGGCAUAUCCAGUUCCUGGAGAAAGACCUUAGCGCCGCAACAUAUAGCAUCAUGCUCAUGCGGAUUGCUGAGUCUAUGUUGAUCAUCUCGACUGUUUUUGUGAAGAUCUCGAUUAGUUUGUUCCUGAAACGACUCUUUCCCACUGACAGACGAUGGAACACAUUCUUCUGGGCUUUUAUCGUAUUCAACACUGUUACAAGCUUGGUCGACGCUGCCGUAAUCUUUCCGCAAUGUACGCCGGUCGAAUUUAAUUGGAACAAAUCGAUCGACGGGCAUUGCUGGUCGGACACUGCCAUCAAUGCGCUUGGAAUAGCCCAAGGAACCAUUGCUGCCGCCACCGAUUUCAACCUUUCGAUUCUACCAACAGUCUUCCUCUGGAAUAUCAAAAUAAUAUGGAGGGUUAAAAUUGGCGUCUGUGCCAUCAUGGCGUUGGGUUUUGCGUACGUCGGCCUAAUUGUCAUUACACUGACUCUUACAGUGAAUAACCAGGUAGCUGACGUACGUACAGGAGUGGAGGUUUUGCCAUUGCGCGUACCACUCGAAGCAACAUUCGGUGUUAUUGCAGCUGCAGCACCCUCUAUUCGUCCUUUACUUGGUCAUAACUCUGUCACAGCAACAUACUCCAAAUCAGAUCCGCGAUCACGCUCCGUUCCGCUCAACACCAUGUCUCGCUCCGGGCAGAGGUCGCAUCAUUCCUGGCUCCCAUCACAACGCGGUCAGAUGCAGGAGCUACCUGACGACGAUCUCGGGUCAGACGGCGGUAGUCAGAGUAGGCUGUGGGCGAAUAAAGGGCACGGAAUUGUUAAGACGACGGAUGUGCAGGUCUUUCACUCCGCUCGUGAUGGGGGUGCAGAUCGAUCCAGUGAUGAAAUGUUGGUGUCCGAUGUAGUAUAUCAGAACAAGAGCCGAUAG